AUGGCAUUAGAAAAUUGGUAUUUCAUUUGGACUCGCUAUAUUUAUAGUUUUACAGAUUAUGAUAACAUUCCACAAAAGAAAAUUAUCACCUCCGCGGACUUUAACGACAAUGGUAAUGAAUUGGGAAAUUAUGUUACCUAA